AUGCAUUCCUUUGUUGUCAGGUACCUAAAGUAUUUUAAAACAAAAAUAAAUAUUCUGUUGACCUCUGCACUUCAACCCUGAUCACAGAUGGUGUCAGAUUUUCUUAAAAGAAUUAAUUAGUCUCAAUUUUUCAUAAAAAGUCUUUCAAGACAAUAAAAUGAGUCAGAUUUUUACCUUAAGAAACGUUCGCUCAGUUUGAUAAUUGUUCCUUCUUCCGAAAGUUUAUUUACUUCAUUAAAAUUGCCAGCAUUGACGUUGGGACCUUGGACUGAUACCCAUUCAUUGAUUAAUCGCGGUAAGAGUAAAUUACCGGCUCAAAAUUUGCUUUGCUUCAAUCGUAACUUAUUGUGCAUCGAUGGUCCUACGUUUAUCUGGUAAUAGACGUGCCAGGAGAACUUCUCAGGCCAUGUUCACCGGUGAAUAUUUGGACACAGCAGCGCCAAAGUGCCAAAGGCCGUCGUACAGCAGUGCUAACUGUGGCCUUUUGCGACGCGAUCUGCUAUCUAAGCAGUACUCUUUCUUGCCAUCGUUUGGGUUCAACUUUUUUCCUGUUUUAACAAGUUUAAAUGCGGCAUCUCCUCUACUGUUGCUUUGGACGUGGGGCAAACCCUCACCGCAAUGGAUCUUCCUUUAUGCAGUUGAGACUUUCAUGAGCUCAGGGCCUACUUAUUGGGUUGUCCGUGCGUCGGUCGCUCUUACUUUCGCCCUUUUUAUUACCAUCAUUGGUCAACCCUGACAUAAACGCUCUGCCCAAAUUGUGAACAUGCAACAGAGUGCAAGUUUUGCCUUGGUGUGCCAUAAAAGUUCUCAUGUAUUACUCUUUCCAGCCUUCGGAACCUUCGCAAACUCGCGCGGUCAAUCGAUCAUCGAUCAACUGUCAGCCCAUUGAGUCUUUGUUUAUUUCUCGUCUACGGCCACUUCUAAGAUGUCAUCAGGAGCAUCCAUUGCUACUCCAGAUGCCCAGUCUGGACCCACGGAUGCACCCGCAGCAUAUAGUUUCAGCGUUUUCUACUUUCCGUUUGCCGAAAUCAAAUCUGCACCUCUCUUUGGCAAUGUUGUCCACAGAAGGCUGAAAUGCGCUCAGUUUACCAACUUCCUACGUACCGUAUGGCACAGGGAGCUGAGAAGAAGGUCGUUGGCCUGCCUUGAAGGCAGACGGGUUUUGCCUUGUCUUCGGUCAAAAGAAUAUCCUGUGAGCACUCGAGACGGUUAAAAUCGUCAGAAAACCGGUAUUUUUUCAUUUCUACUGACUGUGAAAAUGCUAAACUCAGGCCACCAGAAAACAGGUGCUUCGAAAGGAAAUCAAACCAUCAUAGUCCCUGCUGAGCAAUCGUCAAACUGGACACUGCCUCCCCCUCGUGAACCAAACAAUUUUAUUUGGUUUUGCAUACAGUCGACAUUCACGACCAAGGCAGUAGCCGGGGCAUUAAACCAUCUGAUGCGAUAAUGGUUUUACCGUCUGAUUUGCAGCCGUCAUACCCCUGCCGACCCGAGCCCGAUUUAGUCGGGGAGACAUCAAAUAUCUUUGGGGAAUCACAAACCUGAUUUAAAUUCCCGCCACAGGUGAACCCUGGUCAGUCGUUAUAUACCUUAACACUGCCAUGGAUUUCACUGCGUUUAAUCAGGGGAAAAACCUUUGAGAUUAAGAGCUCUCCAUGUAUUCUUAUGGUAUCUGGACUUCAAAAUCAUCUUGUCGAUAGGUGACGCCCAUGCUAGCUUCUAUUUGCCGUUCAUGUGUGUACUUGGACAGCAAGCGACGACCCUACAACGGACUACGCGGGAGUUGGGCCGGGCCAACGCGGGAACCAGAUCUGGGUACGGCACACGUUACUGACUGUCCGUCCCCCUAUGGCACGCCUAUGCGCAGGCUCGGACCGCGCCGACGGCUUGCUACCAAUCUCCCUUCGGCCCUCUUGGCCCCGUUCUGACCCCAUGCCCAGUAGGAUAAGAGGGAGGGAGGGCGGUAGGUGUUGUGAAGGUCUACCGUUAAAAUAAACUAACUCACUCCCAAGUCACUGUCCCUGUGUCCCCCUGCUGUGGGGUAUAGGGUGGACAUCGCCGCCAGCAACGGUCGAACUGUCAACGAACAUCCCGCAAGCGGAUCGGCUUCGUCGGACAUCUCCGAAUUCAAUGCAUCAGCCCGACAACCUCAACCGCUGCCUCUCCUACCGCCCCUGCUCGAACUCCCACGGCCACCAAAACAACGACCGCUCUCGCUGCUGAUGUUCACCAUCUCCGUACCUCGCCCCGUCGAUCAUCCUCACCUUCAUUAUUCCUAUCACAAUCUCCGCGGCAAGGAUUGCGACCACCACAGCUCCAACCCCCACCCUCGAACACAACUCCCCGGCGACCUGCCAACCACUAUCAUUACCAGUACCAUCCCCAUCUCCAUCGAUGUGGGCUCCGUCCUCACCUGUCUCCAUUGUGAUUGUACACUCACCUUAAUCAUUUACUUGCUCAGCCACUUGCGGAUACAUCGCGCCGCAACCGUCACACCAGUGCCAGGAACCCCCACACAUUCGCAACAUCUGCCUUCACCGUUGA